AUGGCGGCAGCUGACGUUGCUCCCCAGUUUGGAGCGGAGCUAAAGGAUAACUUCAAACCGGUCAAUACCUGGGUCUCGAACGGCAUCGUGUGGCUGGAUGAGAUCCAGCAGUUUUACCGCGAACGUAGCGUCAUCGAAAAAGAGUAUGCAUCAAAACUUAGCGCUCUCUGCAAGAAAUACUACGACCGCAAGUCCAAGAAGAUUAGCCCGUUGAGUGUUGGCGAUACCCCCACGUUGACGCCCGGAUCUCUCGAGAGCGCCUCCCUUACAACAUGGACCACACAAUUGAAUGCCGUCGAGGCGCAUGCCGCGGAACGAGACAGGUUCGCCACGGAUUUGGUCGCCCAGGUAGCAGAACCGCUCAAGCAUGCUGCUGUACAGUACGAAGAAAUUCGCAAGUGCCAUGUCGACUACCAUACCAAGUUGGAAAAGGAGCGGGAUGCAUCCUACGGAGAGUUGAAGAAAGCGAAAGGCAAAUAUGACGGUGCAUGUCAAGAGGUUGAGUCACGGCGCAAGAAAGUGGAAUCGUCAUUCGAUCACGGCAAAGCGAAAGCCCAGUCGGCGUAUCAACAACAGAUCCUCGAGAUGAAUAACUACAAGAAUUUAUAUUUGAUUGGUAUCAACGUUACCAACAAGCUGAAAGAGAAGUUCUUCCACGAAUAUGUCCCUGGAGUUUUAGAUGGCUUGCAAGAUCUCAACGAGACCCGAGUCACAAGGCUGAAUGCUCUCUGGUCGCUAGCCGCACAACUAGAAAAGUCGUCACUCAUGAACAGCAUAAAUCUUACCACAAACUUGCUGACGGAGAUCCCACGCAACAAUCCACGGCUCGACUCGAUGAUGUUUCUACAGCAUAAUGUGACACAGUUGCAAGAGCCGGCGAGUCUCGGUUUUGAGCCGAGUCCCGUAUGGCAUGAUGAUGCAUCUAUUAUCACCGAUGAGGCUGCCAAGGUGUUUCUUCGAAAUGUGCUUGGAAAGAGCAAGACUCAAGUGCGCGAAUUGCGUGUGGAGGCAGACAAGAAGACACGAGAAGUUGAAAGUGGAAGGAAAGUGCGAGAGAAUGUUCGGCAAGGCAAAGAUAACCGAAAUGAGGUCGAUAUUGUGCGAUCUAUCUUCUACCUACAAGAGUCCUUACAUGAAGUGGAGCGCAAAUGGCUUACCGCGGAGGUGGAAACAUCCACGAUCAUCUCCGUGGCUGGGGAUUUGUCGCUUGGCGCUAAGAACCAUAACUUCCGAUCGCAAACUUUUAAGAUUCCCACGAACUGUGAUCUUUGUGGGGAGCGCAUCUGGGGCCUGUCAGCCAAGGGCUUUGAUUGUCGGGAUUGCGGCUAUACCUGCCACAGCAAGUGCCAAAUGAAGGUACCGGCAGAGUGCCCAGGAGAGCAAACCAAAGAGGACAAGAAGAAACUCAAGUCAGAGCGUCAGGAGCAGGCGGGCGCCAUACCUAGCGUUGAUAUUGAUAGUUCGGCGGCCUCGACAGCAGCGCCGUCCUUGACUCGCCAGAACACCAUGAAUUCAUUGAGUUCCGGAUAUGCCGCGAGCACGGCACGGUCCGCGUCAGUAUCCAAUGUUGCAAUUCAACCCACGCCAGAGAACCCAGCAGAUGCAGCCCCGGCGCCCGUGGAAGAGACCAAGCCGACUGCAGGGAAACGAAACCGAGUAUUGGCGCCCCCUCCAACCGCGUACGUUAGUGCGCCGCCUGGCAGCGAAUUAUCUUUUGCCUCCAAGUCCAGAGAACCGAAGGGCAAGAUGCUUUAUCCUUAUCAGGCCACUGGGGCCGAUGAGGUCACUGUGCAGGAUGGGGAUGAAAUAGCAAUCCUCGAGCCAGAUGAUGGAUCGGGCUGGCUGCGUGUACGUGCCGGCUCCCAAGAGGGCCUUGUUCCAGCUACGUAUGUCGAGGCAGCUCCAACCCCAUCCCCGGUGCCCUCCGCCAGUCCCGGCGCACCGGAUCGUCCUGGCUCAACCUACUCCAACUCCUCGGCCUCACUGGCGGGGAGCGCGGCAGCCAAACGUGUCGGGCCCGCCGUGGCGCCGCGCCGAGGCGCCAAGAAGCUGCAGUAUGUGGAAGCCUUGUACGACUAUGAGGCUCGCAGCGACAUGGAAUGGACCAUGGCGGAGGGAGAUCGGUUUGUCCUAGUCACCCGCGAUGGUGGCGACGGGUGGGCUGAUGUUGAGCGUGGUGGAGUCACUAAAAGCGUUCCCGCCAACUACAUCCAGGAGGUGUAG